AUAGAUGAAUAUAUUAUUAUUGACACAUAGCAAUGUAUCAACUUGUGUCAAGAUAAUACUUAUUUUUUUCCAUUUUAAGUAACAAAACAUGUCAUUCUUCAAUUCGACGUCUCCAGAAAACGUUUGUGCGUUAACGGAAUCGAACAACAAAAUGCAAUUUCCUGAAAUAAUUGAUAACAAAAUAAAUACAGAAGAGUUUCUGCAAGCCUCUCGCGAUGUUGUACAAAUAGUUGAUAAAUUUGGCAAAUUGUUUGCCCCAGUACGACAUGACAUGCAAGGCAACAUUGACAAACUAACCACUAGAUAUUCUAUGGAUAAAAAGAGUAACUCAACCCUACAAGAUAUGAUUUUACUUGAAAAAUCUACUGAGAAAGAUCUCAUUGCACUUGAUGCCUUAAUGUGGUUAAGAAGGGCCUUACAUAUGAUUUUAUUAUUCUUCGAAAGAAUUAUAGAAGAUCACAAAGCUGGGAAUGCAACAGAGGACUUGGUUGCAUUUUUAAAAGAGGCUUACAAAGAAACUUUAGAGCCAUAUCAUGGUUGGAUGGCACAACAAUUAUUUAGUCUUUUGUCACGUAUGACACCUACUCGUUCUCAACUAUUACUAGCAUUAGCAGAUGGAGAAACUGGGAAAGAAGAAAUUACUUUACAUGACAUGGAGUUAUCCUUCAUAAGUUUAAGAAAAAAUGUGUUGGCUUUAAAAACAUUUUAUGAUGAAAAUAAUCUAGAAGAUAUUACUGUAGUAUAAGAUAAAAUUUAAUAUUGUUUUUAUUAUGUAGUUUCAUAUUGAAAAUACAUUGAAGUGAAUACACAAAAGUGAGAAAUUAACAAAUUACUUCCAAAAAAAGUAGAGCAAAGCUAAAAGAUUUAUUGUUAUGGAUUUC